GUACUGUUUAUUAUUUGUGUGUGUUCUGCGUUGUAUUGAUAAUGCCGAUGACAUGUAAUUAAAAGUUUUAGUAUUAACUGAAAAUGUAAACUGGAACUCCUGUUUAAAAUCGUUAUAAAUUCGCAAAGAGGUCUCUGUCGGGUAUAUUACUAUUAAAUUAGACACAUACAUCUUCAUGCAUAUGAAAUUGAGUGAGUGAUAUAUAAUUCUGAAAGUUCUGUUAUCGUAAACACCUUUUAAAAAUAAAAAGGUGCUUAGAAGAACACGCUGAAAAUAAAAACUGUUUAAAAAUAUCUGUCGUUGUUAGUUAUUUUAUGAAAAAAUGAAUGACUUCAGAGAAUCUUCUGCUCUUAAUCGAAUGCAAGAACGUUAUUGGACAACAAAACAAGCUGUUUUCAAAAAAUUGGGGAAAAAAGAUGAUGAUUGCAUAAUAGCAAGUGAUGCUGAAUUAGAUGCUAAACUAGAGCUUUUCCAGACUAUUGAGGAAUCAUUCUUGACUUUGAUGAGAGUUUUAGAAAAUUAUCAGGACAAAUUAUGUGGUUUAGCGCAAGAAGAAAAUGCAAUGGGCCGCUUUUUGAAAGAAAAUGGCAGAUAUGAUAAAACCCGUGCUGGCAAAGUUAUGACUGGUGCUGGGAAAGCCCUAAGCUUCAGUGCACAACAAAAAUUAUCUCUUCGGAUACCUUUGGUUCGCCUUUACCAUGAAGUUGAAACUUUCCAGUACCGAGCUAUAGUAGAUACUCUACAAACUGUAGAAAAGAUGGAGAAAGCUCGUACUGCUUAUCGUGGAGCUUUGAUGUGGAUGAAAGACGUAUCCCAACAACUUGAUCCUGAUACAUGUAAACAAAUGGAAAAAUUUAGAAAAGUUCAAAGCAAUGUACGGAAAACCAAAUCAAGAUUUGAUAAGCUAAAACUUGAUACUUUACAGAAAGUUGAUUUACUGUCAUUUUCAAGGUGUAAUUUAUUUUCUCAAGCUCUAGCAACCUACCAAAAUUCUCUGAUGGCAAUGUCGGAAAAGAUGGCCAACACUAUGAUUUCUGUGGCUGAAACAACUAAAGGUUACCAACAUUAUGAAUUUUCCUUAUUAAAAGAGCUUACUGAAACUAGCAAGAAACUGGCUGAGGAAACCUCUGAUAAGAAUGAGAAUUUUGAUGAAGAACAGUCUCUAGUUCCCAAUGCAGAUAAAGAUGUUUUACUCUUUUUUGAAUCAGAAUAUCAUGAUAAUGACGACGAGAAAAUUAAAACUACAAAUGCUAAUAAAAUUAAGGACAGUUCCGGGACAGAUCCUUCAAAUGGCACUGCACAUAAACGAAAACGUCAAACAAAGAAGCCCAACAAGAAAAAUGAGGAAUCAGUCGAAUCUACUUUAAUUAGUAUAGACAAUGAAGAAAUGGUGAAAAAACUGGUUUUUGAUGCACCCACUUCUAAUGAUAGCAAUACACAGCCAACACAGCAUUCUUAUGUUGAUAAUUCUGAAAGCUCUUCUGAUUUGUUAACUGGGAAACUGGAUGAUGAUGCAUACAAAAGUGACUUGGAGUUGUUGAAUGAAAUAUUAGGUUCAAAUUGUGAUUCUUCAAAUUCUAGUCUUUCUGAUUCUCAUUUCCAAAAUGAUCUCUCCUCGGGCUUACCAAUGAAUGAAGAAAGUGAUCGAAAUAACUUUUUUGCAUCACUGCAAAAUAAUUCACAAACAUCAUAUUUUCUUCCAUCACAGUUACUAGACAUGACUAAAGGAUGUAAUGCCUCUCAGAUUGAUAAUUUUGAAUCGUCUUCAAGUUCGGUAACCAAUUCCACCAAAGGUAUUGAAAAUAAUUCUUCGGAGAGAAAUAAGAAGGGAAAGCAAGACAUGUCAAGCUGGUAUAAUUUAUUUGCUGAUUUAGAUCCUUUGGCCAAUCCAGAUUUAAUUGGUAAAAAACCAGUAGAUGAUAUAAAUUGUUAAUUUAAAUUUAGUUAACAUUGUUCUAUGUGUUAUAUGACAGAAUAUUCGCAAUUAUUUUUUUAUGAAAGUGUAAAUUUCUUGCUUUUGAUGAAGGAAAAAAAAAAAAGAACUUUAUUACUUAAUUAUGUACAGUGCAAAUUGUAAAUCUUAUGUAUACUAUAUUACAUGGAGCAAGAAUUUUUGUCAAUGUUGUCUUUCUCUGUUUUUUGGCAGAGUAAUUUAUUCCAGUUUUUUUUUAAUAGUUCUUAAUAUGAUCUAGCUUUAUUAGGUAAAAACCAGUGCAUGAUUUUUUUGUAAAACAUACUGCUGUUACCUUAUUAAAGUUUUUGUUCCUUUCUUUUUUUAAAAAACUAAAUUUAUGUAUCUAAGUAUCAAGUUUAUUCCAGCAUUACUAUUUUCUACUUUUUAUAAAUACAUUUUAUGUCAAAUUUUAUUAAUUAGACUUCAUAAGUUUCUCAGAACUCUUGUAUUGUAAUAAAAUCUGUAGAAUACCUAAUUCAUAAAACAAAUGUUUUAUCCAAUUUAUAAGGUGUUCUUUGUCGAAACUUUUGCUGCAAAAUGUAAUAACGUUUACAAAAAAGUUUGGAAGAUAUAUUGAAGAAAUGUCUUUUUAAAUGCAUUUAUUUAUAUGUUAGAGGUUGAAGGGGUGGCCUUUUCUGUGAAUCUCGAAGCAAUAUCGAAUAUUUUAGAUUUGCUUUGGAUGGCUUUUUUAAUGUUAUUUUUUCAUUUUAAUAGGUUAUUUCUUAUUAAUGAAUUAAAAUAGGUUUAUGAAUGCAGUAGAAUCUAGUCAGAUUUUAAAUUAAUGAAUGUUCUAGUCAUAUUUGUAAUAAACAGUGUUUAUGAAAGGGUAUUAUUUUCUAUUUUUAUGAAUUAAUAAUUUUUCACUAAAAUAUUUCUGAUUAAGUCAUUUUUUGAGUCAUGCCAAUAUGAAAUAUCUUAUUGUCACAUUCCAAUUCAGUAAAACAGUCUAGUCAAUCUGAGUUGUUGUUGAAUAAUAUUACUUUUAUAAGAUAAUAAAUUUACAGUUGUUGCCAUGAUUAAUGUGAUUUUCUGUGAUGACUUAAGUUUUCCUUAUUGUCAAUAUUACAGUAUUUUUUGCAUUUUAUAAUUUUUACAUAUUUGUUGCAUUGGUUUUAAUUUUCUAUCGUGAUUCAAAUUAACCUUUGAUCUACCUAUAUAAUUAAGGAUUAUAUAUUAUGAUGUGAGAAGUAACUGAUCUAAUACUUUUAUUUUUUUGCUCCAUUUUAGUUGGCUGUUUAGUUCUAGCCAAAAUGAUUAUUCUUAUUUUAUUUUUUUCUAAAAACGUACAGUAGAAAAGGAUAGGAUAUUCCAUUUUAUGAUUGUUGUGUACUUUAUUGUUAAAAAUUGUCUUUGAUUAUGGAAUCGAAAUAAGGUGAUUACGAGUAUAUACGUCAAAUUCAGAAUAAAUAAAUUUACUUUUUAUGGUAGUCGGGAAAAAAAGACAACAUAUUAGUUAAGAAAAUUCAUACCUUUAAUUUGAAGAAAUUAAUUGAAUAGAAAAUGAAUUUCAAGGAAGAUUGAAAAGGAAGACAUUUUUCUUUGUUAUACAAUAUUUAUUAAUCAACCAAAUAAAUUUCUGCUUGUUUUGAGAUGAGAAAUUAAUUUAUGAAAUUAGAAUAAUUAUAUUAAACAAGUUUUUGAUAAGUAGUGAACAUUGCAAUUUCAAAAAAAAAGGAACAAAAUUGUCUGUUUAAUGUGAUUAUUGUAAUGGUAUUGCAAUUUUAUAAUUGUUAGGAUUUUUUCUUCCUAUGAUUGUAUUCAAUAACUGCACGGCGUUUGCGUUUUACAGUGACAUAUGUACUCAUUUGACUCUGAAUGCAAAUAUAAAAUGCAUUUAUUUUUCAGCAUAAUGGUGAUGGUACUUAUUUUAUGGUAUUGGGUUUACAGUUUGGUAUAGUUCGAUCACUGUUAUUUGGAAUUAUUUUUAUUGUUGUGUAUUUCAAUUAUUAUUUUACAUUUAUUGGUUAUUGUGCAACAGUUUAUUCUUGUGUUUCAUUUGUUUUAAAUUUAUCUUUAUUUAUCAUAAUCAUAGCAGCUGUAAAUGUCAUUGAUGACAAAAAAAAUGAAUUUGAAAUCGAUUUUUAUUUUAAUUGUAAACAUUAGUGAUUCAAGAAUUUGUAGUACAAAAUAAUGUGGCAUAUGGAACUAAAAUUCAUUGGGAUUAUAACUUAUACUAAAAUUAGAUGUGCAUGUAAAAAAAUUCUGUAUAAUUAUUCACUGAAAAAUUCGUCUGUUUAGCUUGAUUCCGUUUUCUUGUUAUUUCUUGCAUAACAAAUUUAUAGUUUUUUUAUUGCUGUUUCAUUUUAGUCAACUUUAAAUUCUAUAAAUGCUAAUAAAAAA